AUGGCAUCAAGUGACCCCAAACUUAAGGAUGGGCUGACUCUACCAGUUUGGAUGAAGUCCAGACCAGCCAAAGAGUUCGAACCGUAUGCCGCCUCUCCACCAGCACCUGAAGACUCAUUCUUCUAUAUCCGAUAUCCUAAGACAGACGCAAUAUUUGGCAAGCCAAAAUUGGCCAGUGACGAACCAAAUCUCAUGAAUGAUCAGCAAAAAGAAUUAGCAGGACAAGUAACAUACAACACAUUUAAAGCUAAGGACUGGUCGAAACACACCAAACCAUGCCAAGACGUUUUGCAUGGCAUUACACCUCUUAACACAGCAGUUAACUCGCAGCCGAAGCCGGCGGGUACGGACGAUGGCUUCAAAGACGAGGGAGCGGCAUGCGGCAGUUCCGUCGUCAAGGUGGCGCAUCAGAUGAUCCAGUCGAACCGUUGCCCGCGCGGGUUCACGGUCGCUUCGCCAGCGGAUGAGGAGGCUCAGGCCCCGGACUACCGACACUACAACCUGCAUGCUCGUCGAGGAAGCAAGAGCUUACCGGUCACGCCCGCUCACUCCCCCAACUCGAGCCCGACGAGCCGCAGGAAGAUGGGUGGCAAUCGUUUCUUUACGUCGCCGUUCGAACCGGUGGAAGAUUCAAGCAAUCGCUCCUGGCUGACAAUGGCGUUGCUCGGUUUCAAGAAAGAACUCACCACUUCCAGCUCAACUCUCACCGAGGAAGAUGCAGUUGAAACCAAAUUGUACGGUGGCACACUAGCAGAAUCCGUCGAAAAUUUGGGUCCAUCCCCCAAGGGUAAAGAACCUAACGUUAUAUCAACCGAAACAAGCACACAAAAGUCGGUACUCGGCAAACCGGCUCACGCCUUUCGUCCCAAACCCUCGGAACUCCGGGAAAUGAACUUUUGGUCACCAACCUCCAUGUAA